AUGACUGAUGCCAACAUCGAGGCGGAAGAAACGCUUGAGCCGGAUGUGAUCGGCGACACGGAUUCGACUCUUGGCCAGGACGACUUUUCUGCGACGACUAGUCUCAGAAGCUCGAUCAUAGACUACAGAGUCGAGAAUGGCAGGACAUAUCACCGAUACAAGGAAGGAAAGUACUUUGGACCAAACGAUGAGGAUGAGUCAAAUAGACUUGAUCUUCAACAUCAUUUGUUUCUCCUCACUUUCGACAACAAACUAGGAUUUGCUCCUCCCAAUGACCCGGAAUGGCAAUGUGGUCGUGUGCUCGAUGUCGGCACAGGUACAGGCAUUUGGUCCAUUGACUUCGGGGAUGAACACCCAGACGCCGAGGUGCUCGGUUUCGACCUUUCAGCAACACAACCGGAGUUCGUACCGCCAAACGUUCGUUUUGAAGUCGAUGAUCUGGAUAACGAAUGGAUCUACUCCAAGCCAUUCGACUACAUUCACGUUCGUGGCAUGUCAGGAAGUGUUCGUAACUGGCCCGAGCUUCUCAAAAAGUGCUACGACAAUCUGAAGCCAGGAGGCUACGUCGAGCUUCAAGAAGCAGAAUCUAACAUCCUCAGUGCUGACGGCACGUGUGAAAGCGGCGCUUUUUACAAGUCUCUUUCCUACGUUGCCUCCGCUCUAGAGGUCUUCGGUUGUCCGUUCAUUCCAUUAGACGAUCUUGCAGCUCUUCUGCCUAAAGCCGGCUUCGUCGAAGUUUCCGAUCGCCGCUUCGUGUGGCCGCUCAACGCGUGGCCGCGUGAUCCGCACCUGAAGGAGCUAGGUUCUUGGACCCGUGAGAAUCUGGCAUGUAAUACUGCGGGUAUGAUCAUGGCACCUAUGACGCGCGUGCAUGGGUGGAGGCAGGAGGAAGUUCAGGUUUUCGCGGCUGAGGUUCGAAAAGACCUUGGUGAUCGAGGGAAUCACGGAUAUUGGCCCAUUCGGGCUAUCUGGGCCAAGAAACCUGCAGAAUGA